AUGUUCACGCUAUCCAGCCUCGUGCAGAAGGCCCAGCAGUUGGUCGACCCGACCCAAGGCCUGAAUCUGACCAACUCGGACAAGAACCCAUCCAAGUCGUCGCUGUUCCAGAACCAGUUCCGCCUUCCCAGCACCCAGACGCCGCUGUACGAGAUCAAUGCCGAGUUGACCAUCCCGCCCGCCAAUGCCACCUAUGGAGGAAAGGACCACGAUCGAGGCUACCACUACGCUGGCAAGCUGCAUCUCUCCGAGGGCUACAUGUGCUUCUCCACGACCCCCUCGAGCUUCAUUCAGUCGGCCAGCACCUCAACAAGCUCUGCCUUCACUGGCCAGACACAUGGUGGAGGCCCGAGCGGGAACGGCUUCACCUUUCCCCUCUGUGCCAUUCGGCGCGUGGAGAGGCUGAACAGCCAGACCUUUCAGUUUGCCUUGGCGAUUACCACAUGGAACGGCAUCAACCAGCAAAAGGACAAGGACAAGGACAAGGACAAGGAGACCGCGGCCGACAAGGAGAAGAAGGACAGCCGGGAGCAAAGGAUCACGAUACACUUGGCCGGCACUCGGCAGGGCUGCGAGCGAUUCUGCGAUGGCUUGAAAAAGGGACUCAGGGCCGGCGUUGGCAACGUUGGCAAGUACAAGAAGGUUGUUGGCGAGUGCUACUCCGAGUACCUUCUGCGGUCGGACGACAAGAAGAAUGCGAGCCCGCCCGAUGCCGGCUUGGGCAUGAUGUUCCGCUACCCUGGGGACCCGAAGAAGUUGCGCGACCGAGCCAAGAUGCGCCUCUGGGCCGAGUACCUGCGCGACAAUGGCCGGAACAUGACGCUGAUCCGCCAGCCCACCUUCCAUAAGCUCAUCCGCGUCGGCCUGCCGAACCGACUGAGAGGCGAGACCUGGGAGCUGACCUCGGGAUCCAUUUACCUUCGCCUCGAGCACCCCACUCUAUACGCCGAGACCUUGGCCAAGUACGAGGGCCAAGAAUCUCUCGCUAUCGACGAAAUCGAGAAGGACUUGAACCGAAGUCUUCCAGAGUAUCCCGGCUUCCAAAGCGAAGAGGGCAUCGGUCGGCUGCGGCGCGUGCUUACGGCAUACAGCUGGGUGAACCCCGACGUUGGCUAUUGCCAGGCUAUGAACAUCGUUGUCGCGGCGCUGCUUAUUUACAUGUCCGAGACACAAGCCUUCUUUCUCCUGUCAUCACUUUGCGACAGGUUAGUCCCAGGUUACUACUCGACGACCAUGUACGGAACGCUGCUGGAUCAAAAAGUAUUCGAGUCACUUGUCGAGAAGACGAUGCCGAUCUUGUGGGAGCACCUGGUGAAGAGCGAUGUCCAGCUUUCCGUGGUGUCGCUGCCUUGGUUCUUGUCACUGUACAUCAACUCCAUGCCUCUGGUCUUCGCCUUUAGAGUUCUGGAUGUUUUCUUCGUCGAGGGGCCCAAGGUUCUGUUCCAGAUCGGUCUUGCCAUUUUGAGGAUCAACGGCGAAGAGCUGCUGGACGCUACAGACGACGGCGCCUUCAUCUCGAUUCUCAAGGGGUACUUUGCUCGUCUCGACGAGUCGGCGCACCCCAAGUCCGAAAACCCGAAGCUGCGUGCUGUUACAAAGUUCCAGGAGUUGAUGGUCGUGGCGUUCAAGGAAUUUUCUGGAAUCACCCACAGCAGCAUCACCGAUUCGCGGUUGAAGAACAAAGACGCCGUUCUCAGCAAUAUCGAGAGUUUUGCAAAGAGAACAGCCCUUCGAAACCUGGGCCCCGACAGCAAGCUCCUUGCUGCAGAAGAGCUGGGUGCCCUUUACGAUCGCUUCUACACCAUUCUGUAUGAAAGACAGCAGCGUGAGAGCAUUAUCCAGCAAGAGAAGCAGCGCCGCGCAAAGAACGCACGGCCAAGAGCGCGGGAUGUUUUCGAAGUCAACGACGAGCACGUCGAGAAGGGACGGGUGGCACUUGGCGCCAGCACCAGUCUCAUGGACUAUGAUGCUUUUAGAGAAUUCCUCGCCAACAUGGCCAAGUGGGCCAUCUCCGAUUCACCUACUACACCGCGCCGAGACACCUUUGCAGACAAGGACCGGAACGCCUACACAAGUCGGCGGCAGAAUAACGGCCUGCUGUCUCCGUGGGGCUCCAGUCCAGAGCCUGCCGAUCACGAGUUUAUGCAACGGCUCUUCAAGAAAUGGGACGUCAGUGGCACAGGUGCGCUGACGCUGGCCGACGUUGUGGCUGGGUUUGCCAGAAUCAAAGGCAAGAAGGACAUCAUGGGCACCAUCACCUACUUCUUUGAGUUGUACGAUGAUGAUGGCGACGGCAAGGUUGACCGUGAGGGUAUUUUGCGUAUCUCCGAGGCUCUGUUGUUCUUGUCGAGACGAGGGCUCGAGGGGUCUCUCAGCCCAAGCGCUUCUACCCUCACCCUCAACAUGCCGAACGGACAGGGCCCUGAGCCCAGCCUGCCCGGCAUUUCGACCAAUGAGAAGUUCCUGGGUAGCGUCAGCGCAUUCAUCCGAAGAUGCUUCGAAUACGCUGAUCCGGACCACCCCAACAACAAAAUUCACGAGGAGGAAAAGCACAAGUCUGAAGACAACAGCGGAGCCUUUGCUAUCGGUGACGAUGAGGAUGAGGAGGAUCUCCUUGCCAUGGACUCACCAGCGGGUAGCCCCUCGAGAGCGAAGAAGUCAUCGCCAGAGUCACCAGUGUCGCCAUUGUCGCCGGUCGAGGAGAAGCCCCCCGUCGCAGGCCAAAGACGUGUUUCCAAGGCACAAUCGGAGGCGGCAAAUGCUGCACUGGACCCCGCCAACCCUCUCCACAUGACACUACCCACAUUCCGGAUGGUUGUCCUAGCCGACGAGCUUCUCGAGCAAUUCUUCGAAUCCUCUUUCCCCAUCUCCUUCCAUCUCAUCGAGGGUCUGCCCUCUGUAUCGACGCCUAACUCAACGCUCACCACUUUCUCCAGUCUGAACUUUGGACGCGCCCCGGUUGCUGCUCUGAACCCUGCUGCUCAAGGGGCUACUCGUGGCCUCCGCGGAGUACUGGACAACAUUGUCACGGACGGCAUGCGCGUCGCCGCGGAAGUCCGCAGGAGGAUGGACGAGGCACAGAAGGAGUUGGAGAAGAACGCCUUGCCCGGUCAAAGGGACGAAGACGAGGAGGACGACGCAGACAUUGGCGUCGAGAUCGGCAUCAGGAAGGGCACAGCCGGCGCGAGCGCGGACAUUGAAAGACGCAGUGUCCGGAGCGAAGACCGAGAUCUGCUCGACGGGGCAGACGCCGAGGCUGGGGCCAAUGGUAACGGCAAGGAAGGCCAGCUCGUGGACAUUGAGCCUACGACUAGGAGCGAGGCGAAUGCCAAGGGCGUUGUGGAGUUUGAGGGCUGA